AUGGAUCCCUCAAUUGCCCAUGAGCUGUCGAAGCUCGAUCCUGCGCUUCCAUUCCGCGCAUCCACCGAUCACCUGCACCACACCUGGGCCAAGACGUUCUUCUCCCGACCUGAGCUAUAUAUUCGCCCCCAGUCUAUCCCCGAAAUCCAGCAGUUGGUGACUCUUGCCCGUCGUUGUCGCCGCCGUCUCGUCACUGUCGGCAGUGGGCACUCUCCCUCCGACCUUACCUGCACGUCCUCAUGGCUCGUCAACCUCGAUGACUUCCAUCGCAUUUUACAGAUCGAUACCGAUACCGGCUUGGUCACCGUCGAGGCGGGCAUUCGGUUGAGUGAACUGGGAACACGGUUGGAGGAACAAGGAUGGACUCUCAAGAACCUAGGCAGCAUUGACAGCCAGUCAAUAGCGGGAGUUAUUGCGACGGGUACACAUGGCAGUUCGCUGCGCCAUGGACUGCUCUCGGAGUGCAUAGAGGCUCUGAGCCUGGUGCUGCCGAAUGGUCAGCUAGUCCGCUGCAGUGCCACCAACAACCCGUCUCUCUUCCGCGCGGCCCUCGUUUCCUUAGGCGCACUGGGAAUCAUCGUCGAGGUAACUUUCAAGGCGCGACGAUCAUUCAACAUCGCAUGGCGCCAGGAACGAUACACGCUGGGGAAGGUACUCGAAGAGUGGACCACCGAUCUGUGGACAUCACACGAGUUCGUCCGUGUCUGGUGGUUGCCCUAUGAGAAGGGCGCGAUUGUUUGGCGCGCGGAUGCAACGGACCUCCCGCUACGUGCGCCGCCAAGGAACUUUUACGGCGACUGGAUUGGAUACCACAUCUACCAUAAUCUGCUUGCGCUGUCUUAUUACGUGCCGCGCAUUCUACCAUGGGUGGAGUGGUUUGUGUUUGGCAUGCAGUACGGCUUCAAGGCGGGAUCCACGGUAACUGAGGCUGUUGAGCCAGCCCGCGCGGGUCUGCUGAUGAACUGUCUGUACUCGCAGUUCGUGAACGAAUGGGCGCUGCCUUUAGAAAAGGGACCCGAGGCGAUUAGCCGCCUCUCUGCAUGGCUGCACGGCGACCUCAAGGCUUCGGGAAUUCCGUUCCCCACUAAGGGACUGUGGGUGCACUGCCCCGUUGAAGUGCGAGUGUCAGACUCGACUGGCAACACCAACCCGCGGCCUUUCCUCGACCCAACCUGUCGUGAUGGACCCACUCUGUACCUGAAUGCGACUCUCUAUCGGCCGUAUCUCCGCGACCCGCCUUGUAGGCAGCGGUACUACGAAGCAUUCGAAUGGCUCAUGCGGGACAUGGGCGCCAAACCUCACUGGGCCAAGAACUUCAAGACUCUCGGCCCCACAGAACUGGAAAAUCUAUACCGCGACGACAUGGACGAAUGGCUGAAGGUGCGACAAGAAGUUGACCCGGAGGGCAUGUUCCUGGGUGAAUGGCACCUCCGCAAUCUGCCCCUGCUCGAGUCGAAGAAACACAGAUCACCCGACGCAGAGCAGCUGCCUCUCCUCGAGCGGGAGAGUGAGCGCCGCACGCCUAACAUAAGCGGCGCGGGCGACGGGGUCGAAUGGGUUGGAGAUCGCCGAUGGCAAGGUCACGACGCACACCGGGUCUGGCACGAAAGGAGGUACGAAGAGUCUGAUCACUCAGCACCGAGUCCACCGAUGACAGCAACCAGCGAGGAAAGUUUCGACAUGCUUGCGAAAGGUGAAGCUAGUAUUUUGCUCCCCAAGAACCCCGAAUGA